AUGAACCUGACAGCAGAUUUCAAUGAGAAUUACAAAWACUGUUUUGGACUAACAAUCACUGACGAGCCAAAUAAUGUGGAGAAAGCUUCAUUGCUUCUUGUAACUGUUGUUAACUCUCUGGCCGCAGUUUUAGCUGUCUCGCAAAAUUCAAUCAUUAUCUGGACUUUGUUAAGAACCCAAAGCCUCCAUAGACCUUCGUUUGUUUUAUUGGGAUGUCUGGCAUUUUCGGAUUUGACAACAGGUCUACUGUGUCAAACAAGCUGCAUAGCUUAUGCCAUAGUCAAGUAUUACCGCUACUGGAACUACCUUUGUAAAACAACUGACUUUGCGGUCAGCUCGUCGGUUAUUUUAUCUGGUGUUUCAUUUUCUACACUUACACUUAUCAGCAUCGACAGAUAUUGUGCUUUGCAAUUUCAUCUACGAUACAACGAGUUGGUCACCAUUAAUCGUGUUCUUGUCCUCUUCGCUUUGCUAUGGCCAGCUAGUUCAGCUUUAUUAAUUCCUAAAUAUGUUGAAGUGAAAUCCACAAACAUCUUUACAAGUAUUCUAUCAUUCUUCAGUACUGCUUCAAUCUCGGUAAUUUUCUAUUGUUACUGGAAAAUCUACAAAAUCGCACAAAAGCACCGAAGACAAAUUCAUAGCGUAGAAACCUCAACAAGAGCUGGCGCCGAAAACAUUUUAAAAAUCAGGAAAUCCUCGAUAAAUUUCCUGAUAAUAACGAUAGUUUUAUUGCUUUGUUUAACACCAUAUAUAAUAUUCGCAUUGUGUUUUGUUUUUAUUGGAUACAAAGGCUUUGUGGUACCAUUUGGUGAUAUCUCUAUAAGCAUACUAUUACUCAAUGCAUCUAUUAAUCCUGUUAUAUAUGUGUGGCGUYUAGAAGAGCUUCGAAAUGCCGUUCGUCGAAUAUUGAAGAUUUGUUUUAGACAAACCGUGUAAUUAGUUCUCAGGUACCUGCAGAUCAUGUAUUGAAUUUUAUUAAA